AUGUCUGACGAUGAGGAGCGCGUCACCAUGCCCUUCAAGUUCGUGACAGCAGGCUUCGAUGCCCGCUUCCCGAACCAGAACCAGACCAAGCACUGCUGGCAGAACUACGUCGACUACCACAAGUGCAUUCUCGCCAAGGGCGAGGACUUCAAGCCUUGCCGUCAGUUCUACCUUGCCUACCGCUCUCUAUGCCCGGCAUCAUGGACAGGACGCUGGGAUGAUCAAAGAGAGAAUGGAACUUUCCCGACGAGGUUGGACCAAUAG